ACUGCCAUCGACAGUCGGCACCGAGCACCCAGAGAAAGUACGUUGAAUCGUAUAAUAUUUCGCGUCAAGUGCACAAAACUAAACUAAACAUCGCGAUAUUAGUGGUAAUGGGUGAUAUAAAAAGAAAAGGAUCUCGGUAAACGGUGAAAUUAGUGAUCACGAGAAUGGCCCAUCGAUAUCGUCUUUAUCAUCAUGCUGUCUCCCACUGUUUAUCACCCGCAAUGUUUUUGGUCGUCCAGUCGGACAAUCAAAUCAAACAGUUGGUGCAUGUCUCGUGCAACGGGUCAUCGCGCACAAGAUACGCGUUGCGAACGUGCUCCGUCUGCUAUUGCUGAACAACCCAAAUGCAGUUGCGAUCUCUGUUGUGGGCUGCAUCUUUUCAUCGUCGACCAUAACUAAUAGGUUGCGUUCUUUAGUGCAUUUGAAAAGGGUGAAACGAUGCUUUUGAUGAAGCAGCGGAGAUCUGUACACAUUUCUUAUAACUAAUGUGUCGCGUGAAAGAAAGAGUGUACGAUUACAAGAGCGCAGAGUGAAUAGUCAUCGACAAGAUAAGACAAGUUUAGUUGAGUUGUUGAAUGUGUUCCCGCUGAGAUAUGUACAUAUAUAUAUAUGUGCGUGUGUAUGGAUGGAUGCCCAAUGCCUAGGAUAGGACCUGCAGGCAUACCAGAUGUAAAGAACAUACACAUAUACGUCCAGAGAUAAGUGUGGAAACGCCGCCGCUUAUUUUGGGGCCUAAGUGUGCGUGGGAGAAGGUGCGCGGGCGCGAAUACGAAUGUGCGAAUGCACGCGCGCUGAUCGCUCUGUGCUUGUGUUCCAUGUGGAGUGACAAGAAGGGAGUGCUAGUGUAGUUUGUGGAGACUGCGACAACGAUAACAGCAUUAACAGCGGAAGUCAACGUUGGCGAGCGACGUGGGCCAGAGGGAAAGGGACAGAGGACGGAGAAAUUCAAGCAACGAGAGAUUCACCGUGCUGUCAUCUCUCCCUUCAUCUUCUUCAUCUUGAUCUGUACACCCACGAGCCACUUGAAUUCGCGAAGCGAUAAUCACUUUCUCGUCAAUUAUGCCACACGUGAACAGCAGUGGUGGCGGUGGCGAUGAUCUCGGCAGCGAAGAUGAGGUCAAGGUCUUUAAAGAUGAAGGGGAGGAGGAGAAUAAAACCUCGGAGAACCUCACCGAGGAGAAGAGCUCUCUCAUCGACCUUACGGAGUCUGAGGAAAAGGGAUCCCUUGCUGGUGGAAGCUAUGCAACAACGGGCAAGACGUCGGCUAGAUCCGACCUCAGUCCUGUCUUUGGAAAGGUAGAUCCAACGCCGCACACAUCGUCGUUCAACAUGGGAUAUCUCGUUUCACCAUAUCCUUACCCGAACGGAGCUGGAGGACCCAUUCCAGUUUCUAUGGCUAGUAAGAUGGGCUUGGCAGGUACGCAUCCGAGCGGAUUACCUUUUUUCUGCCCGAAUGGGGAUCAUCUAACUCAACCACCACCAGCACAUAUGGGCAUUCCACCUUACGGUGCAUUGGAUCCGAGCAAGGCGGCCGCGGCGGCCGGUGAGUACUGGCCUGCAGUUCCAUAUUCUGCGGGUACAUCCCCUCACUCUGUACACUGGAAACGACUUCUUGCCGCAGCAGCCUCCACAGGUCUUACUAGAGCUCCAAUGUACCCUUUCUCUGCGGGACAGUAUCCAUAUUCUAUGCUUAGUCCAGAAAUGUCUCAAGUCGCCGCUUCCUGGCACACGCCAAGCAUGUACCCAAUGUCUCCGACAAGUGCCGGAUUUCGAAGUCCUUAUCCAACGAGUUUGCCUAUUAGUGGUUCCAGCUUAACAAGUGAUCUCUAUAGAUUUUCACCAACGGGCCUAAUGCCGCCACAUCCAGGCUUAAGUCCGCACGCACAUGCAUUAGCAUCUCAUGCACUAGUAUCUUCUGCGCCAAAAACGGAGCAUUCCAAUCUAGAUCUCAAUCAUAGGUCAACAAUUGAACAAAAAAACACUUCGUCAUUGUCGACAGAUAAUGCAAAGACGCAAGAUACAGGACAACAGAAUAAUCCAGAUAAAAAGAAACCACACAUAAAAAAGCCUUUAAAUGCAUUUAUGUUGUACAUGAAAGAGAUGAGGGCGAAAGUAGUGGCGGAAUGUACCUUAAAGGAAAGUGCUGCAAUAAACCAAAUAUUGGGCAGGCGGUGGCACUCGCUAAGUCGUGAGGAGCAGGCGCGGUAUUAUGAGGCGGCCAGACAGGAACGCCAUCUCCACCAACAGCGUUACCCCGGCUGGAGUGCCAGGGAUAAUUAUGGAUACGGCAGCAAGAAGAAGAAGAGGAAGAAAGAGCGAUCCGCAGAUCCCACCGGAGGUAACAAUAUGAAGAAAUGUCGUGCAAGGUAUGGAUUGGAUCAGCAAAGUCAGUGGUGCAAACCUUGCAGACGUAAGAAGAAAUGUAUCAGGUAUAUGGGGGAGGGAGGUGAUGGCGAUGGCGAAGGCGAAGGUGACGGAGAAGACGAUCAUUCCGAGGAUAAUUUAGGCAGUGUAGGAGAAGCAGGUACUCCGGAAGAGGAUGAAUCUUUGAGCAGUCCAGGAGGUCUAUCUGGAUUGUCGAGUCUUGCGAGUCCAUCUUUGGUGUUACCAUCUCCAUCGAGCUUAGCAAGUCCAUGUCCAUGUCCGUUGACACCACCUGUGCCUUCUUCAUCUCUGUCGAAUUCAAAUUCAGCGCAAACCGCGCCGCCACAUCGGAAUCCUGUUGGAACUAAUCCCCACGAUAUUAACAACCCGUUAAGCGUUAAUCAGUUAACAGGGCAAUGUAUAAAAAGUGAGGUAGGUUCAGCGCCCUCGGGUCCUUCUAAUCCAGCGAUUAGUGUUACGUAGCCCCGGCCAACCCCAAGUGACAAGACUGUACCAUUUGAUGUCAUCGGGGUUUGUCUACGCGUAGAUUCUAAAAGCUUAGGUACUGAGAACUCUUACGGCCGAGUGCAAUGCUGGCUCUUGGAGAUUGCGUCGGCAAAACAAAGGCUUUCGCAAAUCAUGUCAUUGGUUUGUAUUGAUGAUUUUUGUUUAAGAUUCAUUGAUUCAAUUAAAGCUUCAACAAUGAAUCUUGAACAAUGAAAGUAAAUGUUAAUAAUUGUAAAUUGGAGUCUCUGAAAAUCCGUGUGCCUUUGGUCGCGAUAAUGUCUCCAAGUGUAUCACGAUCGGUUUAGAAAGGAAAGUGCAAUAACUAAUCUUACUAAGCGAUCGUCAAUUAACUAAUGUCCAAAGCCGAUUUGUGAAAGCAAUAAGAACAAUGUAAAGUCAAAAGUAAUAACGGAUGAUACAGAAAUACUCAGGACCAAGUGUUUAGCUGCUGUCACUCACUCGAGGAAUCGUGUGUAAUAAACGUGUGAUUAAGUGUUCGUCAAGUGCGAGUGACGUGCGGCAGCUUGUAGUCCUUGUUAUGUUGUGAUGCCAAUGACUGAGAGGUCAUGUUCCUGUGCCAGGUACUAUAUUCUAGAAUAGUAGUUUUAUCGCAGACAUAAUUAAGAAAUUCAGCGAUAAUGAUUAUUAUCGUUCGUUCAUUCAAACGUCAUUUGUCAAAUACUUAUUUUCUGUAUGUAAUUUGUUAUUUUUUUUAAAGUCUAUGCACACAUCGCAAUUACUUAUAAUGUAAGAAGACUCCUCGAGAAGAUGUUACUUUUUACAGUU